AUGCCCGAACGUGUGGCAGUGAAGGUCAUGCAGGGCUACGCCUAUAUCCUCACGCACCCAGGAACUCCAUGCAUCUUCUACGACCAUGUUUUCGACUGGAACCUGAAGCAGGAGAUCAGCGCGCUGUCUGCGGUGAGGUCAAGAAACGGAAUCCACCCGGGGAGCAAGCUCAACAUCCUUGCUGCUGACGGCGAUCUCUACGUUGCCAAGAUCGACGACAAGGUGAUCGUGAAGAUCGGAUCACGGUACGACGUCGGGAACCUGAUCCCCUCAGACUUCCACGCCGUUGCCCAUGGCAACAACUACUGCGUUUGGGAGAAGUCCGGUCUGAGAGUUCCAGCGGGGCGGCACCACUAGACCCGUCCGUUCACUACAGAUAUUUUUCUUUUGAUCAGGUCUAUUUAAGCCUGGAAAAGAAAUUUAAGAGAGGCUAAAUAAGUAGCAUACGA